CUCAUUCCCUCGUCUUCAAUCUCUCUCUCUCUCUCUCUCUCUCUCUCUCUCUUUCGCGAAACGAAAAGCAUAGAUUUGGAGGAAUUGGAUCGAAAACAAGGGUUAGGGUUUGGGGGGAGCGUACCAGGAAUGGUGGGGAGGAAGAAGAGGCGGAAAUCGGUGGAUCGAGCGUGAGAUGCAUCUCUGCUUCACGGCGGAGGUGAUGAAGCCGAAGGAUCGAACGACUGCGAGGCGAUACUCUUACCGCUCGGUGCUUCCGACGGUGCUUGUCGCUGGCGUUCUCCUCCCUUUCUUCUUCAUUCGAGCCGCCUUCCUCGCCCUCGAUGCCGGCGCUUCCUUCUGCCCCUCCAUUGGUUGCUUGAGAUGGAAGCUUGGGCCGCGCUUCUUCAGAGCUGGAGAUCCAUCGAUGGAGCUCGUGAAGGAGCUGAGAAUGGCAUUCAUGGAUGAGAAUGGGAUGGGGCCGGUGGUGGUGGACCAGAAGGCGGUGGACUCUGCACCGGAUACGUUGGAGGGGUUGAUUGCUGAGAUGGCUGCCUCCACUUCGAACUAUAACCAAAACAUGGAUGUCAGGGCCUUCAUUCGCAAGACCAAGGCCAUGCUCAUGAAGAUGGAGCAAAAUAUGAAAUCUUCAAAGCUUCAGGGGCUGAUUUAUCGGCAUUUGGCAUCCAUCGGCAUCCCAAAGAGCAUGCACUGUCUUACCCUGCUGCUGGCAGAAGAAUACACCAUUAAUUCACUAGCCAGAUCUUCUCUACCACCACCUGAAUAUGCAUCUCGCCUGACUGAUGGUUCCUAUAUCCACAUAGCUCUCUUAAGUGACAAUAUUCUUGCAGCUUCAGUGGUAAUUUCCUCCACCUUGACGAGCUCCGCCAACCCAGAAAAUUUGGUAUUUCACAUUGUCACCGAUAAGAAGACCUACUCUGCUAUGCACUGCUGGUUUGCCCUCAACCCCAUUUUUCCUGCAGUCGUUGAGGUGAAGGGCCUGCACCAAUUCGACUGGCCUGCCGAUGUGAAUGCAUUGGUGAUGGAGACAAUAGAAGAAAUCCACUGGAGCUCACUUGCUCAUCAUCAGUACAGUGGAGCAAAUGAAGAGUAUAAACGGCUCGAAGCUCUAAACCCAAGUGCCUUUUCACUUUUGAAUUACCUAAGAAUUCACCUCCCAGAGUUAUUUCCGAAGCUCAACAAGGUUAUCUUUCUGGAUGAUGAUGUUGUUGUCCAGCAAGACUUGCAAUCAUUAUGGGACCUUGAUCUAAAUGGUCAUGUCAAUGGCGCAGUUAUUGCAGGAGAGGUUGUGGAUGAUGGGUACCACCAUUGCAUGGGCAAGAAAUAUGAGGAUUACUUGAAUUUUUCAAACCCAAUCUUAUCAUCAUCAACUUUAGGAUCAGAAAAGCAAAAAUGUGCCUGGUUGAGUGGCAUGAAUGUGUUUGAUCUUCAAGCAUGGAAAAGAAGCAAUAUCACACGAACAUAUCAACAAUGGCUAAAGCAGAACCGAGAAUCUGGUUUUCAUUUAUGGCGAGCAGGACCUCGACCACCUGGUUUGAUCGCCUUUAAUGGCCAAGUGCAUCAAAUUGAUCCUUCAUGGCAUUUAUCAGGAUUGGGACGAAGAAUGCCUGAACUCGAACUGCUACAAACCUCAGCGGUCAUACAUUUCAGCGGGCCACGAAAACCAUGGCUCGAAAUUGGAUUCCCAGAAUUACGAUCAUUGUGGCAAAGACACAUCAACUACUCUAAUGAGUUUGUGAGAAGCUGUAGAGUUAGGGAGUGACUAAACAAAGCGCAAAGCAAUACGGAAAAAGAACAGCAUUAGGUGAGUAUUUGUAUUUGGAAUACAUGGUACUAUACAGUUAGACAUAUUCGUUGUUUGAGCAGGGAGGGAAUUAAUUAAGUAGGCAAAGCCUUCAUCAGUCUCUGCUCAGAUAACUUUCUAUACUACUGCUGCCUUUGUUGUUAGAGGGAUGGCUUAAGUUGUACAUACUGAGGGGCUGGUUCAUAUAUCUUUGUUGAAGAUCAUCACUUCUUUGCUAAUAUUCUUUCCUCUCUAUUAAAACAACUGUGAAGAAUAAAUUGCUCUAUUUCAUUUCUUCUUGUUAUUGUUAUCAGGGGAAUUUGCACAGGUAUUCUCUUGCUAAAGUGUAUAAUUGUGCGUAUACAAGUAUUUUGUGAUCGA